AAAAGCCGCUUUGCUAACCAUUUCGUUCGAAGGGUGAAGUUCACCCCAUAUGCAUAUCCGCAUGUACAUCGAAAUGUGACAGUUGGGGCAGGAUCCAAAAUUGUAAGGGAUGCGUUUCUCCCCAUUCAAGCGAUGUGGUUUGCAUCUUUCCCCGCAAAAAAGAGAGGUGCCCCCUCCCAUAACCCUAUUUUGAGAAACAAAUUUAGGGUUAGGUAUAGCACUCACUGCGAAGAGUGGGAAGCCCUACCCCAGCACUGCACUUGGAUUCUCCUGCGGAUUGUACGCGCCAAAACGCGCAGGCAUAUGUUCAUACAUUUGUAUGUUCUAUGUGCCUCCCUGUCGAAGCGGGCCGUCUCCUCGGAUGCUCAUAGCGCUCUGCUGGCGACAUGGAGGCAGAGAAGGAGUACCUCGAAAUAUGGGAUUUGCUGCGCCGGAAUGUGGAAGAGCUGAACGAUGAAGGCGAAAUCCGCGUGCGCGACUUUUCCUACGGGAAGUACGUCUGCUCGCUCGAAAUGGGAGACAACAAAUUAGACGUGGGGAUCAAGCCGGAAAAGAGAAUUACAAUAAAAGAAUGUGAAGAAAGAAAAUACGUAUCUGAAGAUAUCAGCUUGGAAGACAUGCUUCUAAUUAUGGACACCCUGCUGCUCCAACAAGUGAAGCUCCUCCUGGGGAACCAUCCCUUUUUGACUGUCCUAAGUUGCUACUUCCUCUACCAUUCAAGUGUUAUUAAAUGUAAUGACGACUCGUUCUUCUUUGAAAAAGUCUUUUACAAAUGUAUAAAGUUUCUUUGCACUGAUAGUAUAUACGUCAGUAUUUUUGAGAAUGACAAUCGGGAGUUCGUUCAGCUUAUGAGGAGAGGGGGAGGAGCGCAGGUCGCGGCCCGGGAGGAGAGUGCAAGUUGCGCGGGGGAUAAACACUCCCCCCGGGAAAGAAACCCCACGGAAAGGAAUUCCACGGAAGGAAAUUCCACGGAAAGGAACCCCACCGAAAGGAACCCCACCGAGGGCGCGCCAACCCACGCGCACCGCUCCAUGUGCGAAGGGGACUCCCUCAGAUGUAACACGUUCACCUUCUUCCAGCUGUUCUUAAUCCUUUACGCAUCAACAGCGGAAGUCAUAGACCACGUCGUGACAAAGAAUAGCUCGCUGCACAGGGAUGACUACAAGGGAGGGUUGCUUAAAAUAACGGACUCGCUAAUCUACCACUGCAGGCGCAGGAGGCGCUAUGUGACGAAGAACCUCUUUCUCGUGAAGAGGUGCUUCGCCAAGUUUUUGGCGCGGCACGAGUGGGCGCUCGAGGGGGGGAAGAAGGGCCGAGCCACGAAGGGGAGCGCGCACAGAGAUGGGGCAAAAGAAGGAGGAAAAGAAGGAGGAAAAGGUGGAGGCAAAAAAGAAGUCCAAAAUGAAGUCAAAAAUGAAGUCCAAAGUGAAGACAAAAAAGAAGUCCAAAAUGACGGCAAAAAAGAAGCCCAAAAUGACGGCAAAAAAGAAGCCCAAAAUGAAGUCCAAAACGAAACCCCAAAUGUAGGACCAAGUGAAUGCCACGAGAGAGACAACGGGGAAGACCCCCUAGCAGAUCCACCUGCUGCCCCCCUAGCAGACCCACCUGCUGCCCCCCUAGCAGACCCACCUGCUGCCCCCCUAGCAGACCCACCUGCUGCCCCCCUAGCAGACCCACCUGCUGCCCCCCUGCUGCCCCUCCUUCGAAGAAUCCAGUUUGCCAUGCACCUAAACACGGUGCUAAACCAGGUCGUUUUCCAAACCAGGGAGGCCUCCACAGACUCGAUUAAAGAAAACUGUAAGCAGCUCCUAAAAUGCAUACGCACGAUCAGCAAGGAAGUAGGUUCCAACUGUCACCAGCAAGACAAACAGACCCGAAAGAAAUAUUUUAAUAAAUAUUUUUUAAUGUAUAAAUUGAACAGUGUGUCUAAGCACGUGACCAAGAUGAGUGUGCAGGAGGGCUACUCCUUCUACGAAAAGGUCACCCAGGAUGUAGAAUACAUCGUGGAGCAUUUCCAGCGCAUAAACGCCAAGUCCAGCUUCUUAGACGUUAAGAACGUAGUGCAUUAUGUGAAAUUUUACUCCUCCAGUCGGAAUGUUUUGGUGAAGUGCAUUGCGAGGGGGUACAUCCAACAAGUGAUGAACAACGCAAGGGCGGACUUCCUUCCCUUGGAGAGGGACCUACUACUUAAGGAAGAGAUAAAGGCGAAGCGUUUUCUUCGCAGUUUGCAAGGGGACCCACCCCAUGGCAAGGCGGGACGUCCCGAAAAGGAGGCAACACGGGAAAAACUAUCAAAAGAGGACUCGCCUUUCAAGCGAGAAGACGACCAGGCGGAGCGCAUAACCACGAACGGGGGCCCCCUGGAUGAACUUAUGGACGAACCGAACCAUCACUGGGACGAUUACGAUGAGCACCCAGAUGUAGGUCAUUACUACUCCCUCUUUCUAAACACGUACAGAAAGGAAGAGACGGAUGAUGUGCCCUCCACAAAACGACUAAAUGAGGAAUUCUCCCAAAAUGUGAAGCAAAAUAUAUUUAUCAGUUUCUUCCUCCAUUUAUUUUUCAACGAAUCGUAUGCAAUACUAGAAGAAGUGUCCAAAGAGAAUCCCAAUUUUUUUGUAAAAUCUAUAAUUUUUAAUGAUCUUUGUUACUUUGGUUUUUCCCCCCCUCUGCUAGUGUUACUGUCAAAUUUUUUUUAUUCCCCCGAUACGUUUUUUUAUGCCAUGGAGCAUCUGUACCAUGUGGACAAGGGGUUGACUUAUCCAGAUGAGGAGGAAUAUAAAUCAUUUUUGGGAAUUUUUUUUCCUCCUCGGGCUGUUAAAAAAAUGGAGCGAGAUUUGCGCUUGCAUUUCCCUUAUUUGAUAAAUUACAUGCACAAGGAGAGCUCCCUCGUGGAGUUGUUCACCGAGUUGGAGGAAUUUAUCGACGAGUGUGCAGGGGUGGAGAGCGUUCCGUGGGAAAUGGGCCAUUGGAGGUCCGAUGAGGAGCGUGGAAGUAACGGCGUUUCGGGAUGUAGGGACGCCCACCAGGGGGGGAGCCAACCCAAGGAGGGGCUCGCCAAACAGGGCAAACUCGCAGAACAUGGCAAAUGCACCGAACAUGGCCAACGCACCGACGAACGCACCGCCAGCCCAGCGAGCGUAACCUGCAGGCGCAUGAAACUGACAGUCCUGUGCAAAAUAUUUCACCUGUUCAUGGAGUAUCUCGAGAUAGUCCUAAAGAAAGUCCUAAAUUUCUCCUUUUUGCUGGCCUCAAGGGAGCACUCCAAACUGAGCGGAUUCCACACGGACAUGUGCGUAUUGUAUACCCUCAUGAAAAUCCUGACGUACUACUUCAAAUUGUACAAUAUGAACAACGAAAUGGACAGCGUGGAAAAUUAUUUUAACUGCAUUUUCCACACGGUGUUAAUUGAUUACAGCUGCUUAAGCCUGUAUACCAACAUGCCAUCUGACCAGGAAUAUGCCUUUACCUAUUACGUCAUGUCAUUAUGCUACAAGGAAUUGGCGGGCACACUGCAAAAAGGAUUCAAAUUAAAUUGUGGUGAAAAUAGGAGCAAAUUCAUUUAUUCCUUAGUUUAUUACAUCCUCUAUCUUUACGCAGAUUUUUUGAUGGUCUAUUUUGUUUAUUUUUCCUACACCAAUGUGGACUCGGAAUCCUUGGAGGAGGACUCCUACGACAUGAAGUACAAGGCGUGGAAUUUUUGUUACCCAGAUAUUUCAAAAAUUGACUUUUACAAUUUCCAGAAAAAUAAAGCGGCCCUUAUUAACGCCGUCCUCACGAAGAAUUUAAAAAUCACCCUUUCCCAAAAUGACGAAAUCAACAUUGGCGUGAAAAAAAAAAUUAAAAAUUUAGCCCAAGUGAAAGAGAGCUAUCUCAAUUCGAAGAAACGGAUUGGCAAAUACUCCAACUUGUUGGAUAUUAAAAAUUACUUAAGUUAUAAUUUUCGCUUUUUCGAGAAAACCUCCUCCGAGGUGGACAUUUGUUCCUAUUUAAAGGGGUGUGUAAGCGAAAUUCAGAAACUUAUAAAAGAUGCCUCAAGCUACAAAUACGACAACAUCGGCUUCCUUCGUAUUUUCCUAAAUUCGUACGAACAUAAUUUGAUCAACUCUUACAAGAAAUUCCCCCCCUUUUGCGUUGAAAAUUCUUCCAUCUUUUUGAACCCCGAUUGUGAGGUGGUUAGCGGGCACUCCUAUUUUUUAAGUGUGCAGGAAAGGAAGAAAAAAAAAACAUAA